AUGGUGCUGUCAUUGGUGCGACGACGGCCAGUAGACUUCACCCAGUCCCUUAGCCCGGUAUUUGCUUCAAGAUAUAUCCAAGACCCAGUUCCAAGGUAUGUGCUGUCGGCGAAUUCAGUUUCCAAGGAUGCUGCGUACCAGAUAAUUCAUGAUGAAUUGUUGUUAGAUAGUAGCCCGAGGCUUAAUUUAGCUUCAUUUGUUACCACUUGGAUGGAGCCAGAGUGUGAUAAGCUGAUAAUGGAAGCGAUCAACAAAAAUUAUGCUGAUAUGGAUGAGUAUCCAGUCACCACAGAACUUCAAAACCGCUGUGUUAAUAUCAUAGCACACCUAUUCCAUGCUCCAGUGAAUGAGAAAGAAGCAGCUGCUGGAGUUGGAACAGUGGGUUCUUCUGAAGCAAUAAUGCUGGCUGGGUUAGCAUUCAAGAAGAAAUGGCAGAAUAGGAGAAAGGCAGAAGGGAAGCCUUAUGACAAGCCCAACAUUGUUACAGGAGCCAAUGUGCAGGUUUGUUGGGAGAAGUUUGCAAGAUACUUUGAGGUGGAACUCAAGGAAGUGAAGCUAAGGGAGGGCUAUUAUGUGAUGGACCCUGUAAAAGCUGUGGAAAUGGUGGAUGAGAACACCAUUUGCGUCGCAGCAAUCUUAGGUUCAACAUUAACUGGAGAGUUUGAAGAUAUUAAACUUCUUAAUGAGCUCCUGACUGAGAAGAAUGUGAGAACCGGGUGGGAUACUCCAAUCCAUGUAGAUGCUGCAAGUGGAGGCUUCAUUGCACCGUUCUUGUAUCCUGAGCUAGAAUGGGAUUUUCGACUACCAUUAGUGAAAAGCAUUAAUGUUAGUGGGCACAAAUAUGGCCUUGUGUAUGCUGGUAUUGGUUGGGUCAUAUGGAGGGAUAAAGAAGAUUUGCCUGAGGAACUCAUCUUUCAUAUCAACUAUCUUGGUGCUGAUCAACCCACAUUCACCCUUAACUUUUCCAAAGGAUCCAGUCAAAUCAUUGCACAAUAUUACCAAUUCCUAAGACUAGGUUUUGAGGGCUAUAGAAAAGUCAUGAACAACUGCAUGGAGAGUGCCAGGAUCCUAAGAAAAGGGCUAGAGGAUACUGGGCGUUUUGAUAUCAUCUCCAAAGAACAAGGGGUGCCACUGGUGGCCUUCUCCUUCAAAGACAAAAACAAGACACUGGCCUUCAAGUUAUCAAAAAAUUUGCGCCGAUUUGGUUGGAUUGUGCCGGCUUACACUUUGCCAGCUGAUGCAGAGCACAUGACUGUUCUUCGUGUUGUGGUUCGAGAGGAUUUCGGGCGGCCAUUGGCUGAAAAGUUUCUCUCACACUUGACAAUUGCAAUGAAUGAGCUAGAGUCGGUGACUGAAGUGCCGAUUCCUACAAUUCGGUACACUAUGGAGUUGAGGCCUGGAGAUCAUAUGGAAGAUGAUGGUACACUUCCUCUUCCAAAUGUUGUAAUUUUAAAACAAGAAGUAGAGCCAACGGACAAGAGCAUAACAUUAACUGGUGGGAAGACUAAGGGAGUUUGUUAAAUGGAUUUGCAAAAGAUCAUGGACCCAUCUUGAUUGCUGUUUGUAUAGCAUAUUUUAA